AGUACAGUAGGUCCUCGUCUCUUCGACCCGUAGUUAUUUGUAUGCGUAGCUUCGAGUCUACCUAUAUAUAUAUAUACAUAUAUAUACGAAAACCCUAUCAAAUUGAAUGUAGAAGAAAAUGAACCAUAUUAUUCGCGCUCAGACAGUUCCCAGCAGCGGCUUCGUUGGAAGUAGAGCCACCACACCCACCCAGGACGCUGAGCUGGAUGUGCAAUCUUAUGAAGAAGAUGGUACGGCUUUGUCUAUUAACUUAAUUCAAAUGGCACUUUUUUACUAUGCAGUGGAUGGCAUCUUACUACUUUACAGGCCACAGGCAAUUCCAUGCACGUACAGGCACCUUGACCGAAGCAAUUAGAAUCUACCGCAAAAACAAGCCGCGACGAAUGAUCGUAUUCGCCAAAAGUGGUACCGAAAAUUGUGCCGAAAAUGGUGCCUUUCAGCACCAACACUAUCCAUUCUUUCCUCCGCGAUUCAAGUCGGUUAUAAAUGAUGACCUCAAUGGUACAUUUGGUAUUUAUCGUUAUGAAGAUACCAUUACUGGUACUAACGAGACUAGCUACGAUUCGUGGAGCACAUUCAAGAUCAAACACACUUAUCAGGGUAAAGAUAGCCUCUUCCCUGACUACCACUGGUCGCAAAUAUCUGUGUUGGUUAGGCAAUUCCAAGGUCAGCAGUUUGUGUUGUUUGUAAACUGCCCACCGUCGGUCUCGGAACAGAUAAUGGAGAGUGUUUACUAUGGAGCUCAUGGGUUCAAAAAUCUUGAGAACCCAUAUUUGUGGCAUGUAUCCUUGGCAGAAGAACUAGAAGAUGUUUACGACAAAGCUGUCUGGAAGGUGCGAGAUCUUGUUCGUGGUCGGGAAAAGGAACGAGAUAAACCCGUGACCAAAGCAGGAACGGCCAUUAGCGUUUCGGAGAGCGAUAAUAGAAAGAACGGCAUAUCAUUCUAUACGCCAGAUUUUCCUCGUCUCAGGGAGAUUGCUCGUCAUUUGAUUCACAUAAAUGAGACAUUCGAAGUUGCCAUUGACACGCUAGAAAGUAUGAGAUAUCACCAUGCUCAAUUUUUCACCGAGAGCCAGAAUACCAGGAAGCUUAGCACUGGCUCUGCCACUGACAAUUCUCCUGCCCAACAGCCUGCAGCAGAAUGGCAUAAGAUAUACUCCCUUAUUCAAGAGCGGAUGUACCUCGCAACAAAAAGAAUCAAAGCUAUCAAAGCAAGGGCAUCGACUCUAAGCGAAAGACUGUCUAACGAAGCAGACCUCUACAAUCACCAAAUAACAAUGGUAAUUGCUGAUACAACCCGUCGUGAUAAUGCGACGGUGAAAGCACUGACUUUAGUGGGUGUUUUUUAUCUACCGGGCACAUUUAUUUCCGGGAUUUUUGGAUCCAAUUUCUUCAAUUAUACUCCUGGAAGUAGCACCGGCCGCGACUGGAAUAUGUCAGACAAGUUUUGGGUAUACUGGGUAGUAACAAUCCCACUUACACUGAUGACACUAUAUGGAUGGGCAAAGUUAGAUGAUCUUGUCAGAAUAUGCAGUGACAUGCUAGAUUGGGCAAGCCAGCUAACUCCUUUUCACCGGCCUCAUUUACCUCAUUUCUCGUUUCCGUCUAGAGGAAAGAACCCCGAAAUUGAAAUUCAUGAGUCUAAGGUUUGACUUACUUCCAGAUCAAUUGGUGUUUUAUUAUUCUCUAUAUACAGGUUAAGUGAAGAUUGCUCUAAAUAUUUCAUUUAUAGGACAUCUGGAUUAUCAUAUUUUUAUGAACUUUGUAAACUCAUAUAUUUUAUCUAUUUUGAUCUAAAUUGUGGAAUGUCACUAUAGAAUGUUUUCAUUUUCACUUUUCUCUGUUUUCCAUCUUUUCUAGCUCGGCCUCCAGCUCAAACAGUUCACGAAGCGUUUCCAUAAACGUAUCUCCAUCCGUUUCAUUAAAAGGAAGCAACGGUCUUCGUGGUGCUACUCCAUAUCCAUGUAUUUUAUUUAAAGCGUAUUUCAUUGCACGAAUUCCACCAGGUACUGCGGCG